UAUAUACAAAAUGUAUGCAUUCAUUCUUGUUCUAGGAAAUACUCACUAGCUUGUACCAAACCUUUCAGACAUCUCCUCUUUCUAUCAUAAGUCUCCUAACCAAACGCAUCACCUUCACACACACACACAAUUUAAAAUGUGCGAAACAACAUCUAUCUCCUUGUGCAACUGCAACUCUCCAUAAUCACAUCUCCACCGCACACUUUCUUUAUGGAUUCUCGGUUGGUUCAAAGUUUGGUCUCUUCACUCUCAGCAACUGCACCUUCCAACCAUGCUGACAUCAGCAAGCUCACAUUGUACGGAUCUGCAUUCCUCAACGCAGAAUGCGCAGACCUGCGGCCCGCUAAACUGCCCAAGAUUUCCUCUUGCGCCGGCGAGAUGCCCAACACCGCCGCCGCUUCAACUGCCCAAAUGCUCGCCUUCUCCGCGCCGCCCGCCGCAUUCCCGUUUUUCACAAACUCAUCAGGCUAUGGGUGUACAAGUAUGCAUGGGCCAUUCACCCCAUCACAAUGGAUGGAGCUAGAACACCAAGCAUUUAUCUACAAAUACAUCACUGCAAAUGUGCCCAUACCUUCCUAUCUACUUAAUCCAAUCAGGAAAGCUCUCGAACAUUCUGGAUUCUCUUGCUUUUCCCUCCUACGCCCAAAUGCUCUGACUGAUCCCGAGCCGGGGAGGUGUCGGAGGACAGACGGCAAGAAAUGGCGGUGCUCACGAGAUGCACUCGCUGAUCACAAGUACUGUGACCGCCAUAUCAACAGAGGCCGCCACCGUUCAAGAAAGCCUGUGGAAGGUGGAGCCACCACCAACCACCACACCCCUAGAUGCCCUAAAGACAAGGAAACUCCAAAAAUGUGUAUGAAAGACAAGCAAUGCAAUGGUUCAUUGCUCAAGCCCUUAGACGAGACUGAGCUCUCUAUGGGGCUAGGUGUCGGCGCCGUUGCUAGUAAGAGAUGGGGAGGAGGACCAUUGGGCGAGGCGUUGCAUACAACGAGCAACGGGCCGGGGAAAUGCAAGGCGCUCAACCUCAUCCCCUCAUCCCCAUUGGGUGUUCUCGGAGGGACGGGCUAGCUUACGCUUUCAUUCUUAUUUCUUUAUAUUUUUCACUCUUGUAGUUGUUGCCUUUCAAAUAGGCUGUGUUUUGUUUCGGCCAAGCGAUGAUGUUGAAUUCA